AUGGACAACUCUGUGUCCAAAUCCAAGGUUGAUGAGCUCCAAAAAGCCAUAGAUGAAAAGAACGAGGAGCUGGACAAACUAACAAAAGAGCUGAAAGAGAGAAGCACUCAACCACGUAGACUUCUGCAGAUUAUUGCACUACAAGCACAAAUCGAGAAACUGGACACUGUGGCGAAAAAUGAUACAGACGACGAGAAGAUUAAAGAUCUGGAGAAGCAACUGGAGGCCAUGAGGAAUCAGAUAAACACAGGAGGUGGUCCUCAGAUUAUGGAGCUUGAAGUGCAAAUUGAAGAACUGGAAGAUAACAUAGCAGCCCUCAAAGAGGCUCAUACUGAGAGCCUUGCAGAGUUGGAGAAAAAACUGCAAUUAAAGACUCAAGAAUGCUCUGGACUCAAGGAACAACGAAACCAGCUGAAGACUGAAGUUGAAGAGAAGAUUGCAGAACUGAACAAGACGAAAGACUUCAAAACUGCUCUGCUCCUGAAUGUGAUCAACAUGCAGGCUGAAGUGAGGGCUUUGAGGGAGCAAAUCUCAAAUUCAGAAGAUCCAGAAAUCAUCUCACAGCUGCAGAUGCAACUGGAGAAGAAGCAAGAUGAACUGAUUACUGAGACUGCAGAAAUGGAGGAAUUGAUUGCCAACCCGGGACUAGUUUUACAAAUCAUUGAGCACCAGAAUGAGAUAUGGGACCUGCAGAACAAGGAUGUGAAUGGGACAGCUGGUGACCAGAUAAAAGCUCUGCAAAACAGAAUAGACACACUCAUGGCUCAAAUGGGCAGCAGUGAUCAAGAAAACACCAAACUGAGUGAGUAUGAAGUAACUGAGCACAAAGCACUGAAAAUCCUGAAUCUGCAGAGUCAGGUGAAGCACCUGCAGAAUCUGCUGUCAAACCGUGAGACUCUGCAAACCAGUAAGCUAACUGUUUUGAACAUCACUGAUCUGCAAAGCCAACUUGAAAACCUUGAAAAAGUUAAGACAGCUGAGGAUAAAGAAAGUGCUGCUACAAUUUCUAAUCUCAGAAAACAACUGAAGGAUAAAGAGGAGGAGCAUUCUCGCGAUCAGGAAGUGAUCCUUGAUUUGCAGCAAAAACUGAACGAGACACAAAGCUGUUCAGAUGAUAAGCAGAGAAUUACAAAGCUGCAGCAAAGCCUGAAUGACAAAAUCAAGGAGCUGCAGUCCAAAUCGAACUCUGUUACUUCACUUGCUCUACAAAUUUCUACAUUAACUCAGCAAGUGGAGCAACUGAAAGCGCAAAUGGACAACUCUGUGUCCAAAUCCAAGGUUGAUGAGCUCCAAAAAGCCAUAGAUGAAAAGAACGAGGAGCUGGACAAACUAACAAAAGAGCUGAAAGAGAGAAGCACUCAACCACGUAGACUUCUGCAGAUUAUUGCACUACAAACAGAAAUCGAGAAAUUGGUCGUUGUGGCGGAAAAUGAUACAGAUGACCAGAAGAUUAAAGCACGUCAAGAAGAGCUCAAUUCUUUGAUUGAGGGAAUUAAAGAUGAACAGAAUGAAAAUAUUAAGCUGACAUUUCAGAUCUUGAAUCAGCAAGAUGAAAUAGCAAGACUGAAGAAGCAACAGGAGAGGAAGAAUGAGACACAAGAAGCACAAAUUAAAGAUCUGGAAGAUCAACUGAAGACCAUCAGGAAUGAGAUACAAUACAAGACAGACCUGCUGGGUAGAAAAGAUAUAAAUAUUGCUAAUCUGUCUGCUCAGAUUAUGGAGCUUCACGAGCAAAUUACACCACUGGAAGAUAACAUAGCAGCCCUCAAAGAGGCUCAUACUGAGAGCCUUGCAGACCUUCAAAGGAGACUAAAGUUGAAAGAGAGGCAGCUGGAAGACACUGAAAGUCAACUUGAGCAUGCAGAUGCAGAGAAUUUUAAAUAUGUGAUGGAGAUUGCUGAUCUGAGGGCGAAACUGAAAAAGGCUGAAACGCAGACAUCUGACAAAAAAAUCAAAGACAUGGAGAAGAAACUAAAAACACAAGAAACAAAGAAUACAAAACUUGAAGCUGCAAACAAAGACCUAAAGCAGGAAGUCACGGAGCUGAAGAUGUGCUGCUCUCAAAUGCCAGAGGAGUGUGAAGACUUGCGGAGAGAGUUGCAGCAGAGCCAUGAUGAUGGAGACCGCCUGCUGCAGGAGCUGCGUCAGAAGGAUGCCAAGCUCAACCAGUUGGAGCAGGAGUUACAAAGACAGAACAGGGAGAAUAACAGACUGCAGAAUAAUAUUGACAGGCUUCAAAAGGAACUAGGUGAUAUAGAAGAAAAGACCAUCCAUACCUCAAAGAUGACCUUCGAUCCAGACACAGCGCACCCAAGAAUAGUUUUAUCUGAUGAUGAAACCGAGAUGUCCACUACAGAGUUUAUGCAAGACGUCCCCGACAAUCCAAGACGGUUUGAUGUGAUUCUGGGGGCCCUAGGUGCCACCGGCUUCUCAUCUGGCAAGCAUUACUGGGAGGUGUCAGUAGCUGGGAAGACCUGUUACCACCUUGGGAUGACCAGUGAAUCUUCUCAAAGAAAGGGAUCAACACGCUUCAGUCCAACAAAUGGUUACUGGACUAUAGUCCUGGACAAACAGGGUCAGUACAGAGCUAUAGAGCAGAGGAGGACGGUUCCCAUUCCUGCUGAGGUACAUCCCGUUACCCUGGGUAUCCUGCUAGAUUACAAAAAGGGAACCAUUUCGUUUUAUGAUUCAGGGGCCAGAACUCAUAUGUACUCUUUUGUAGGUCAGCGCUUCACAGGAAAAAUUUAUCCAUUUGUCAAUUUCUGUGUAGAAGAUGGCAGUGCUCCAAAUCCAAUAGUUUUAAUUACUCCUGGAGCAACUGACUGGAUAAAAUAAGGGUCACGAGAAGUUUUGUCCGCACCCAUGUCAAAAUGUGUGACAUUUGAGUAUAUGAGUAAUAAAAUAAUAACUGAAGAAUAAGUCUCACAUAUUUCUGCUAUUGUUGCUAUUAAAUGCUUCAGACAGUAAAACAAAUAUACCAUGCUUGCAACAUUCUUUCCCUGUCUUUAAAGCCAACCUUAAGUCUGCCUAUUCUCUUUGAUUUGAAUCAUGCUUUUAUCGGUAACUCCAUGGUUUUUACCAGCUGUUAUUUUUAUCAAUACUGUGAUUUUGAUAUUUGAUUCUAUGUAAGGCGUCCCUGAGUGUCUCGACAGGUGCCUAUAAAUAAAAUUAAUUACUAAAAUA